AUGGAAUAUAUAACCGAAGGUCGUGUGACGAUCCACGGCCAGGGUGUGGUGGGGAAGGUGGCAGUACGUGCGGAGUCGGAUGCUGAGGCAGCGAGUUCGGACACGUUGUUUUACAAUCCAGCUCAGGUAUUUAAUCGUGACCUGUCAAUGAUGGUGGCGAAAUGUUACGGUGAGCUCGUGUUCCGGGAGGCCCUGGAUCGAUUCGCAGGGGCGGAAAAAUUUGUGCCGACAGUGUUGAAGGGGUUGACAGUGUGUGAGCCAUUGGCUGCAAGCUGUUUACGUUCGCUACGUUAUGCACGAGAGUUGCCACGUAGUCUUUGGAGGAGUGGUGUAGCGGGUGAUAUUUCUUCAUUUGCCGUGAAGCAAGGGGAAGCGAACAAGCGGCUCAAUGAGGAGCAACUGGGUCGCUCGCUGCCGUUACAGAUAUUGGAGGUAGAUGCAAAUGAACUGAUGACGUCCGGUGGUUACGUCUGCGGUACCAAGAGUUGGGACAUAGUGGACGUGGACCCAUACGGCACUGUAAGUCCUUUCGUUGACUCGGCCAUCCGUGCAGUGAAGGAUGGUGGCCUGCUUUGUGUGACCAGCACGGACAUGCCUAUCCUGGGCGGCAAUGCCCCCGAAGUCGCCUUUUACAAGUAUGGUGGCAAUACACUCAAGGCUCGCUACUUGCAUGAAAUGUCCUUGCGGCUAGUCCUCAACCUCAUCCGUAUGACCGCAGCCAAGUACAGACGCUACGUACGUCCACUACUCUCUUGCUCCGUCGACUUUUAUGUACGAAUCUGGGUCACCAUACACGACAAACCCGUACAAUGCGCCGCCAUCGCCGCCCAAACUGCCGCCGUCCAUCAAUGCGCCAACUGCGACUGGUUUACUGUCGUACCCUUCGGUGCACGAGCCAAGAACGCCUCACCAAACAGCAAAAGAAACAAACGCAGAAAACUCGACCGCAGAAGGAACAAAACUCGAUGUCAUCCGGCAGCGGCAGAUGAUACUGAGCCCGGCAACGACCAGGGUACUGAGCUGAGCGCCGAUCAGGGUACUGAGCUGAGCGCCGAUCAGGGCACCAAGCAAGGGGACAGCGCUGUGACACUCGACGGAGAGCAACAGCACGACGACCAUGAUAACGAACAACUCUACCAUAAGGUGAAGACGGAAGGAGAGAAGGGUGAGAAGACGGAAGGUGAGAAGACGGAAGGUGAGAAGACGGAAGGAGAGAAGACGGGAGGAACAGAGCCGAUUCGCCAGGUGCCAUUGUUUCCGGGAGAGACGGAGGGUCGGUUUUGUGUCGGCCGAGUCACGGAGGAGGCUGGCCACCACCGAUGUCCCGUAUGUGGCAGUGCUGUACAAGUGGGCGGUCCGAUAUAUGCAGGUCCGCUGCACGAUUUUGACUUUGUUCGGAGCGUUCUGAAGGAGCUGGAAAGGGCAGAACGCGGUAACGGGCAGAAGGGGGUUCCGGCUGUGGUUGACGCUGCUCCGACUUCCAACCCAUUGGCCGAUGGGGACCACGAGCCGAUAGCGACUGAGCCGAUGGUCGCUGAGGCGAUGGUCGCUGAGGCGAUGGCUACUAAGUCGAUUAUGACAAAAACUGUUGCCCGUGAGAUUGAGGAGGGCGCGGAAAGAGACGGCGAUUUGUCGUGGGCCCGGAAGGCCGCCAAGCGAUUUGAGUUGGAGAUGGCUUCAUGGCGGUUCGACUCGCUCUCGCCCAAGGUGUUGCCCAAGAUCAAGGGGAUCCUGCGUGCCAUUUUGGAGGAGGAACUCGUACAGGAUGUGCCUCUGUUUUAUAAGUUAUCUUCACUCUGCAACCACGCUCGAAUCUCCUUAAUGAAAACGGAUCGUUUCAGGUCGGCCUUGGAAUCCCUGGGAUACCGCGUAGGUCUUUUCCAUCGCGAGCCCCAGAGCAUCAAAACUGACGCCCCCCCUUCCGUAGUUUACAACGUCCUACGGGCUUGGAUCAAACACAACAACGACGAAUCCAAGCAUAUACCCCCUUACUACCUCCAACCUGUAGACGUCCCGAUGUCAAACCUCAGUUUUGAGUGCAAGAAAAAACCCAAGAUUGGCGGCCGUUUCGUGCCCAACCCAGAGGCCCACUGGGGCCCUGGUCGUCGAGCGGGUGGCGCCUCGAAGAAGUGA